AUGGCAGACAACGUCACUGACUCUCAGCUGCCGCCAGAGGUUGAGCAGGGGAAUGUCGAGUACAAACUGCAGCUGAUAAAUACCCCUCCUGAACGCCUAGAGCAUCUCAUCACGCAGCUGAAAUGGAGGUUAGCAGAAGGCUACGGCGAAGCGAUGUACGAGAUCGGAGUCGCGGACAAAGGUGCAUUAGUCGGGCUCACGCAAUCCGAGCUGGACGCCUCAGUGGAAACGCUGAAGAAGAUGGGCCACGCGUUGAGCGCCGAUGUGUCUAUCAUCCGUGAACGCGUCGUCAGUGCCGAGAACGAGAUGCCUGAGCGCAAGGUUGCGGAAGUGUUGGUGCGGAAAUGUUUGACGGAUGACCAGCACUUUCUGGAGAUUCGGGUGGCUGUUAUUGGGGGUGCUGAUGCUGGAAAAUCGACAUUGUUGGGUGUCCUAACGCACAGCGACACCGACAACGGCCGAGGCAAAUCCCGUCUCAACCUACUCCGCCACCGUCAUGAAAUCGAGUCCGGACGGACCUCCUCCAUCUCCCACCAAAUCAUCGGUUUCGACCCGCACGGCGAACUCAUCAACUAUGCCACAUCAAACCAUACCAUCCACACAUGGGCGCAGAUCUGCGAAGCCGCGUCCAAAGUCAUCACUUUCCUCGACAUGUGCGGACAUCCCAAGUACCAGAAGACGACCUUGUCAGGACUAACGGGACACGCGCCAGAUUACGCCUGUCUCAUAGUCGGCGCCAACGCGGCCGGGGUGCCUACCGUAUCCCGCGAACAUCUGGGCAUCGCAGUCUCGCUCAAAGUCCCGGUUUUCGUCGUUAUCACCAAAAUCGAUAUCGCCUCGCCCGCGCAACUGACACACACCGUCGGCGCUUUGCUGACACUUCUCAAAAGCCCCGGCAUCAAACGCGUCCCGCUCGUGAUCCAGAACAAAGACGACGUGGUAGUCUCCGCGUCAAGUUUCGUCCACGAAAAGAUCAUCCCCGUUUUUCUUACCUCCAGCGUCACCGGCGCCAACAUGGAUCUGCUCACCCAGUUCUUCAACCUCCUCCCCAAAUACCAGCAUGCGGAGUACGAGCGUUUGGUGGAAGAGGACGUCGAAUACCAGAUCGAGGAGGUGUAUUCCGUCCCCGGCGCCGGGUGCGUAGUCGGCGGGAAACUUCUCUCCGGCCUCGUCUCAUUGACCCGCAAUCACCAACACCACCGCCCGCCACAUGCCGACACAUCCACCCCCACAAGCCCCUCCACAUCAUCCCUCGGAACCACAUCACACCCGAACACCUCCAUCCUUGGCCCCGCACACUCCUCAAUCCUCUACAUCGGGCCCGACCACGGCCGCUUUGCCCCCUGCAUCAUCACCUCCAUCCACCGCCACCGCUGCCCCGUCAACAUGGUCAAAGCAGGCCAGGUCGCCUCCUUCGCCAUCCAAUUCGUCCACCGCGACGGUCUGACGGCCCCCACCUCAUCUGAUAUCCCACCACCAUCAUCAACAACACCACCGCCACCAUCGGGUGUAUUCAGGUUACGCAAAGGCCAGUCGAUCUUACCGUACAUCCCCCGAACGACACGGUCCUUCACAGCCGAGCUGACGGUCCUCCAUUCACCGGACCCGGAACCGCUCGCCAGCAACACGCGCGCGGUCGUGUAUUGCGGGUCCGUGAGGCAGGCCGUGCGCGUGGUCGACGUGUUGGAUGCUGGGAUAUCUCCCGUGCCAUUGCAACAGCAGCAGCAGCAGAAAGACCCGACGACACACCUGAUUCAUUUUAGGUUUUUGUUUGAGCCUGAAUAUGUGGUUGUAGGGAGGCAUGUAGUUGUUAGGGGCGAGGGAGGGCUGAAGUGUGUGGGGAAGGUUGUGGAUGUUGGGGUGGGGCAAGAGCAUGGGGCGGCGCCGGCACUGGCGGUGCGGUAG